AUGGAAAAUGUGUUUUUUUUUAGAAAGAAAUGGAAUUGGAAAGCUGGAAUUAGUGAUGAUGAUGAUGAUGAUGAUGAUGAUGAUGAUGAUGAUGAUGAUGCCAGUGGCAAGAAGCUUUUGAUGAACACUUCUGGAAUGCGGUUCCUUCAUUUUCCUUUCUUUCAAUUCACUGCUGAAGUGAAUGAAAUGAAGCUGUUGUCGCUGUCCCUCCAAGCUGUCAUCUCAACAAAAGACGGUAUAACGAGGAGACAAAAGAACAAGCCGCGUUCAUUUUCUAUCUACUUACCUAUUUACCUAACUACCUACCUACAUUAUCUAUCUAUCUAUCUAUCUAUCUAUCUAUCUAUCUAUCUAUCUAUCUAUGAGUAUGACUGUAAAUGCGAUAUCUAUCUAUCUAUCUAUCUAUCUAUCUAUCUAUCUAAAUGUGUCCAUUUUCGAUCUAUCUAUCUAUCUAUCUAUCUAAAUGUGUCCAUUUCGAUCUAUCUAUCUAUCUAUCUAAAUGUGUCCAUUUCGAUCUAUCUAUCUAUCUAUCUAUCUAUCUAUCUAUCUAAAGGCGUUCAUUUUCUACCUACCUACUUACCCACCUACCUACUUCUCUAUCUCUAUCUCUAUCUUAACGAAGUAUUUGCAACAUUAAAACAUCGAAGACAGUAUCUGUGUCGUUGA